CGCGCAGUGGUCCUCGGAGUCCUCCCAGCCCGCUAGCUAGAUGCGCUCGGCGUUGGUUCCGGUACCACUUGGUGGGCCACGCGAGAAAUCCGUCUCUUUUGAGCCGUCGGCUGUCUCAGCAAGCAGGCAGCAGGCACAAAAGAGCGGUUGCGGCUCUCUGCGGCCGCCCCGGUGCUGCUCUUCUCCGAAUCGGAGGCUACCGCGCUGCUGCUUGCUGCUGCUUGCUGCUGCAGGGGCGUCUCGCGAGGCGCCCUUCCGAAGCGGAUGUGCGAUGGAUUCUGCGCCGGCGUCCGGGAUGGCCAGAGUGUGCAGCUCCUGCAUUGUGUGCUGGACGGGGAGAUGCGAUGAAGCGGAAUCGGAAUUUUGCCGAACGGAGCUCGUGUGCAGCCUCGGCGUGGUGCUCUUCCACGCCCUGGAGCACGGACUCCGGACAGACGAGGAGCAUCUGCUCAGUCGACCGUUCGAGAUGCUCGUGGACCGGAUGACUUCGGCGGACCCGGACGGCAGCUCGGAUGGCGCCCUCAGCUCGGACGAGGAAGACGACGAAGACUCCACCGAGGAGGACUGCCAUGACGAGGGCAUCGAGAAGGACUCCGGGGAAGACGAUCCGGGUGGCGGGGACGGCGUCGCCGGGAGGUCCUCGCAUCGGUCCGGCCUCACGCUUGCCAAAGUAAUCGAGAUGUGUGCUUCCCACCUCCAAAACCCAGCACAAGCCGACUCCCACUACAAGGCUGUCUGUAGAGCGCUAGUUGCUGAAGCGUUGGAACUUUCAACCUUUCUACAAGAAAUUUCUAGGGGAACCAAAGAAUUAAUACCAAGUUGCCGCCAUGAUGACGCCGAUACCUCAAAUCUGGACAACCUACAAUUCCAGGACUGGGCCAUGCUCUGGAUGCAGGUCAUCCGUGAGCUGCGGCGAGGAGUCAAGUUGAAAAAAGUGGAUGUAGAAGCACACCUACACCCUGUGGAGUACGAGCUUACGCCUUAUGAAAUGUUGCUGGACGACAUUCGCUCUAGGAGGUACAAAUUGAACAAAGUCAUGGUGAAUGGUGAUCUUCCACCAAGAGUGAAGAAAGAUGCCCAUGCGUUGAUAUUAGAGUUUAUUCGGUCAAGACCUCCACUUUUUCCCGCCUCCAGAAGAAAACUCAAGCCUGCACCGCGUCAAGAAACAUCCGUGCAUGACCGGCUAAUGGAGGACAUUCGGCAACCCCAAAGAUUGAGGCCAGUUCGAAAAAGGAGCAGCUCUGUGGAGACCUCAAGGACAAAGCUGCAAGAUUCGGACUCUACGCCGCAGCCUCGGAGGCGACUAAUAAUGGCAGACAUUGCCUUGCACCUCUCUUCGAGCUUCGAUGACGACGACUUGGACGAGACGCCGACUUCGCCCACCUGUGAACAGCCCCACUCGCUACCUGUCCAGCUUCGGCGGACUCCCCCGAGACCCACUAGGCUGCAAUGGCAGAGCAAGCAGGGCUGCGGUGACAGUCCGGACGUGACCACGACAGCGCUACUCAAGCAGAAGUUGGAACGGCGGCACAGCAUCACCGUGUGCGAGUCUCCUUCGCGGCCGUCGCAUGCCGCACUUUCCCGGGAUGGCCACAGCAGCAUCCGUGGCAGCCGACGUCCGGACAGGCUUUCCUUCGGUCCCCGUCCAGACUCAGGAAAAGAGAACUGGUCCAUGGCGCAAUGGGAGAAGUCGAUGGAGUGCCUGUCGCUGACGUUGGAGGAGGUGGUGCACAUCCGGAACGUCCUUACCAAAGCUGAGCUGGAGUCACUCCUGAUGAAUCGGCCACUCUACGAGGAUGUGGAGAAAAGAAAAGUUUGCUUUACCUGUAAGAAGACCAAGUUCUCCUUUUUUCGGCCUUGGGGCGUGAAGUGUAAGCUUUGCGAGCGCACAAUAUGCGACAAGUGUUCGACAAAGAUGCACAUUCCCACUGAUCGGUUUGAUCGGAUUCCCGUGUACAUGCUGUGCCCCACGGCAUCCGAAGAAGAGUCGCCCACUCACUCGCCGUUGCCGGCAGCCUUCCAGUUUGCCAGCGGUUCGGCUCCGUCGUCGCCCACGCUGAGCAGGCCCCCCGGUGCGACGUUCAACGCGCGACUCAACGUGACCGUGUACCCUCCGCCACCAGUGGCCAAGCUUCGGCACCGCGCCUCCGUGUGCAGUCCCCCCGGGGGCGGACGACGGCGCCCGCCGCUUCUGCGCUCGCGGACCUUCCAGCACAAGGCGAGCUCUCCCCAGGAGGAGCAGCUGCGCGGCCCGCUCAUGACUGUCUGCCGAGACUGCAAGGGAAUGAUCCGCCACAUCAUCCUGGCUAGCAGGACCGACAUGGCCAAGUCACGCAAGGGGGCCGCGUCCGCGUGCAAGCCUGCCUUGUGUCUGUCGCCCGUGGUCCAGUCGCCGUCCGCAAGCCCCGAGCCGCACCCGCAGCUCGCGGCGUCCGGCAAGGCACCCUUCUUUGUCAAGUGCAAGUGAGCAGUCAGCUCCCCCGACCACCCCCAGGUCCUCGCCGCCGCCUUACUCCUCCUGCUGUGGCGUCAAGACCGAUCACCCUGGCUCUGGUCCCACGGUCGGAGUGCUCGUCUUUUGCCGUUUGUGCGGCGGGGACGUCGGGUGCGCCUAGAAGUUUAGCGGGGAGGUCCUACCGUCGAUUAACUUGCCCCUCACAGCUGGUCAUUGUCGAUAAGCAAAAACCGACGAGGCGAGUGAGACUUCUGUCGAUACGCAUUAAUCGUUAGGUGAUGUCUGGCGCUCACGGAAUUCCGCCUCGGUUCUGCACCAAGUUAACACGCUUAAAGGGGUACUCUGGCGUUUUCUUCAUAGUACGCAAUUUGUCUGAAAAUUUUCUAAGCGAACAAACAACGCUGAAAUGGUAAUCCAAACAUUAGGACAUAAUAUUUUUUUUUUGUCUUGUUUGCGAAGUUAUUGAGUUUACAAUUUUGGUCAUCGCCUUGUUUUUUCAAAGUGAAAGUCUACUGCCAACUAUGAAAAAGUGACUCUAGCGGCGGACAGGGGUUCACCCUUUGCACUGUACUUCGUUUCAGCUUAAGUCCAAACGCAGCCGACGCUAUGAGCUGAUGGUACCAAUCAGACAGCGUCAAAAGCGCACCAUCAUGGUGUUCUGUCAUCGCUGAACCAAACAUAAACGGAAAAGGCCUAUAGUCCGUUGCAACUCGAGAAGGUAAGCCGAGAGAAAGGAAGACCGGGAGGAGGAAGCAGACUGAACGCUGGAAUGAGGAGGAGGUUUGCCCCUCUCCUCUCCAGUGUUCCGUUUGCUUCCUCCUCCCCGGCCUUUCUUUCCCUCGCCCUACAUUCUUGAGUUGCAACAGACUAUGGCGACUUGCGCUUUUGACACGGCCUCAUUGGUCCCAUUACCUCGUAGCGUCGGCUGCUUCUGGGCUUAAGCAGAAGCGAAGUGUAGAAUUUGUUCCCAACUGAUUGCAGGUAGUUUCAUGGUCUGAAAUGAAUCUGUCGGAAGCUCGCUUUCGAUUUCACAAUAACUUCUCAAUUUCGCGAUACUAAAUAGCAUACCUGAAAUGGUAUGCUAUUUAGUAUCCGGAGCCAGGGAUUCAGAGAUUAGAGUUAGUUGGUGUAGCUGAAAACAAUGGCCGGAGUACCCCUUUAAGACAUGACUCGUCUGUCUCAGGAAUGCAACGAGUGAGUCUUUAGCAGUCUUUUGUGUGCUUAUGAGAGCGUGUGAUGAGAACAUGAACAAUUGCCAAAUGGAACUAGUGUACAAACUCCCUUCGACAUGAGCCCGCCUAGUUGGUGCAGUGUGACAUCUGCCUUUCCUAACUGUACAUAACGGCUUCUGGGCGGACAGGUCGCAGCAAUAUCAGACGCACCUCGCGUAUAUCAGACCGGCACGUCACUAUUUUAGUCUUCUUGUACAGCGGAUCGCACUGCACCGCACGCGUCCGCCUUCCUCCGACCUCGAGUGUGAGAUGCUAAUCGUGCGCCGUGUCUAUCGGCUUUUAGUUGGGUCCAGCACCUUACUCUUACUGUAAAUAGCCACCUUGCACUGUGUCAGCUAGCCUUGCACGGGCAGUGGCGUUGCCAGUUUUUAUGCGAUGGCACAUUCCACGAAAGAGCUGGUCUUUUUUCUGCUGCUCCUUGGUUGUGACAAAUGCCGGUUUCCUGGGUACUUGAAUGUCGGCCAAUAAAGAGCACUUUCAAGAUUUCUUUGAACUGCAUUUGAAUCUCGAUGAAAUUGCUAUCGUAUCGGAAGGGUAGUGUGCAAAUGUUUUAUUGUUUAAUGUGUUACGUUCGUGCCUUACCUGAGUGCACUUUUAACCCGCUAAAUUUAGUGCAACUUGUAUCGCGGUGAUCAUUUUUUUGUUUUGUAUGUGUGCGUCUUUUGUGGAUCCCACUCGAUGAGAACUAGAUAUAUUUAUUUACACGUAUAUAGCGUGCAGGACAUAGUGUUUUCCGAAUUGUAAAUAUUUGUAUUUAAUGUGGCUUACUUUACUGAGAUGUGUUUGCCACAUGUGCGGUAAUAAAAAUUCCGUGAAACUGUACAGCUA